AUGCUUAUCCGGGACAUAGACAUAUCAAGGUUGAUAGUCUAUCUGCAGCAAGUUGAGAAAGAAAAGCUGAGGGACAGAGAAGAGUUCAGAAAUAAGAGAGCUAAGACCAGUACUGAGUCCGGGCAACAGAAAGGUAAUGCGAACCGUCCUUCCUUUGAACAAAGGCAAAGGGGACCUGUUCCAUCAUCUGCUAGUGCACCUGUACCCAGAAAUAAGAGUGAAUACACUGGACAGAGUUCGCAGAAUUUCAGAGCUGGACCUGUACAGUCUCAGAACAGUGUGGCACAAGGAAGUAACCAGGUUCUUGCAUGUCCUAGGUGUGGUAGAGUCCAUCCAGGAAAGUGUCGUCAGGGCCAGACGGGUUGCUUUAAAUGUGGGCAAGAGGGUCACUUCAUGAAGGAGUGCCCAAAGAAAAAGCAAGUUAGUGGAAAUCUGGGCAGUAGGGCCCAAUCCUCUUCAGUUGUCCCACCAGACAGGACGGCCCCUAGAAGAGCUACUUCUAGUACCGAUGGAGGAGCAAAUUGCCUCUAUGCUAUUACUAGUCGCCACGACGAAGGCAACAUCAGCCAGCCGGUGAGGGAAGCAGCAAGCUCUGGCCAGCAGCUGCCAGUGAAAGCAGGCUUCACUGGCGGAACCAGCAGAUCCAGCCAACAGCAGCAGCCGACGAAGACAGCUGGCAGUAGCUCCGACCAGCAACAGCAGCAGCCGACGAAGACAGCUGGCAGCAGCUCCGACCAGCAACAGCAGCAGCCGACGAAAACAGCUGGCAGUAGCUCCAGAUCCAGCCAGCAACACCAAUUCCAACAGCAAACAGCUCCGGUCAGCGACUGGCGAAGCCAUCGCGAAGAGCAGCUCCGGCAACGCAGGCAACAACAACGACGUUGCUCAAACCAGCGUGCUCCGGCGAGAUGGAACACCUUGGACAGCUUUCGCUUUGACCAAAUCUUAAAGUCUUGGCUUGUUGAAGACGGAUCUUAA